UUGUUUGUACCGUAACGAUGCAACAAUUCUUUUCAUUUAAAUACCGUUUUUAUGACAUUUACGAAAACGUGCUUUCGACACCUAACUUGUAGGAUUCAUGAAUGUUUGCGUUUAUUACAAUAUCGUUAUUGACAUGAGAUAUAACAUCGCGUGUAUACUUUAUGACAUGUAGUUGCACCAAGAAUGGCUCUUAGUUCUCAAACAUAUGGGUCCACGGAUCAAAGGACAGAUGUACCUGAUGUGGGAUUUAGCCCUACUGAACUUUAUAGCCUCAGUGAAAAUAUUACCACUAACAUAUACACCAUUAAUACAAUUUGGAGGACACUGACGUAUGCACACAAAAAUAUUGGAACCAGUAAAGAUAAUCAGGAUCUAAGGGAUCAAGUGCAUAGUAUCCAAUUAAGCACAAGUCAAGUAGUAAGUCAAACAAGCAAAGAUAUUGCAAGACUGACAGUGCUAAUGAAGAGAGGGGAUAAGCAACAGAAGUUGCAAAUUGACAAACUCACCUCCAAUUUUAAAGAUACUCUGCAAAGGUAUUCAGACAUGCAAAAGUCAGUUGCUGAAAAAAUGAAGAGACAUAUUUUGUAUACAACUAGUGUAGAUAAUUCUAUGAAUGCUGACGAAGAGGAACAGGAACGUCUGUUACAAGUUGAGGAAGGUGAUCAUAAAGCAAUACAAAGGAAUCUUGAGUUUCAACAAGGAUUACUGUUAGAGAGAGAAGAUAGGAUAAAACAGGUAGAAGGAAACAUUUUGGAUGUAAAUAAAAUAAUGCACGAACUUGCAGCAUUGGUACAUCAACAAGAUGAAGCUAUUGACACUAUAGACAACCACAUGGAAAACGUACACGGGAAUGUCGAGGUGGGUGUACAAGAGUUGAUUAAGGGGAGUAGUUAUGAACGUAAAUAUCGACGAAAAGUUUGUAUCUUGUUGUUAGUCGUGAUUAUAGUCGUUGUUAUAUUAAUUAUUAUUCUAGUCGCUAAAUUAAGUUAGCACUUCUAACUGUCGUAGAUAUAACGAGCAAAUGAAAAAGGUUGUCUCAAUCUAUCAUAUAUUGAUUGUAGAAGUAAUAUCAAGGAAAAUAUAAUUUCACGAGUUUCUACAUACGCAAUUUGGGGAGAGGAUAGACUUAUUUUAUAUUUGUUUGUCAAUCGAUCGAUAUGCGGCCCGAGUGUAUUAUUCACGCUUAUUUUUAAACUAUUCUCAUUGCAUAUCUUCUAUUUCUUUUAAAUUUUUAUUUUGAAAUAAUCUGAAUUAUGAAAUUUAGAUUAAAACGAAAUACAACAAUGGUAUAUAAAUGCCUGCGCUAUUCAUCAAAACAGACUUAUAAUAGUGGCAAAAAUAAAUUUUUAUUUUCGUUUUGAGAUACGAUCAGCAUAACCUUAAACAUUGUACAACAAUCACUGAUCAUUUUUGUUGUAUUUGCAAACUAAUCUUUUACAGAAAGCUGAAUGGAUCACUUUGAUUGUAUUACAUAUUAAUUUCUCAAUAAAUUGUACAGCAUUAUAAAUGCAA